AUGACGACUGACAAUCAGGACAAGUCGGAUAAGAUAGAAACUGCACCAAAGCAACAUUGGGAAGUUGCGGGCAUGCACCAUGCCAAUGAUGCAAUGGUAACGCGUGAGCCGUACGGCCCUUCUGGAUUCCAGGGGCUGUUCACAAACCACUAUGUCGCCUUGUGCGCUGCCUUUGCGACGAUAGGUGGUCUCUUGUUUGGAUACGAUCAAGGAGUCAUUUCUGUCACUUUGGUCAUGGACCAGUUUCUCAGUCGCUUUCCCCGCGUUUCUGCAGAGGCGUCAGGGGCUGGCUUUUGGAAGGGUCUGAUGACUGCUAUGCUGGAACUUGGUGCUUUGAUUGGCGCUCUCUUCGCUGGUUACCUGGCCGAUCGGCUGUCCCGAAAGUACUCGAUUGUGUGGGCAGUGGUGGUCUUCACUAUUGGCAGUGUAUUGCAGACCGCAGCUAUGGGCUAUGCUAUGCUGACUGUUGGAAGAUUGAUCGGUGGUAUGGGAAUUGGAGCGUUGGCGACCAUUUCGCCCCUCUACAUCUCGGAAAUCGCGCCACCGGAAAUACGAGGCGCUCUCUUGGUCCUUCAGGAGUUUAGCAUUGUCUUCGGCAUAGUCAUUGCUUUCUGGACCACGUACGGAACGCGAUACAUGGCUGGAGAAUGGUCAUGGCGCCUCCCAUUCUUCAUUCAAAUGAUCCCAGGCUUCAUUUUGGCCAUUGGAAUCUUCUUCCUGCCAUUCUCACCACGCUGGCUAUGCAGCAAAGGCCGCGACGACGAGGCUCUUGCCGUUCUUGGAAAGCUGCGCAACUUGCCCACCGACGAUCAUAGAGUCGUUCAGGAGUGGUGCGAGAUCCGUGCCGAAGUUGCUUUCACCCAGGAAGUUAGCCGCGAGAAGCAUCCUAACCUCCAAGCUCACACGCACAUGAACCAUCUCAAGCUUGAGUUUGCGUUGUGGGUUGAUUGUUUCAGACAUGGAUGUUGGAGACGAACGCUUGUGGGCAUGGGUAUCAUGUUCUUCCAACAAUUUGUUGGAAUCAAUGCGCUCAUCUACUAUGCGCCGUCUCUGUUUGAAACUUUGGGCCAGGACUAUGAGAUGCAAUUACUCCUUUCCGGCAUCAUCAACUGCACGCAACUCGUCGGUGUCGCCACGAGUCUCUGGACCAUGGACCGCUUCGGUCGACGUCCGCUCCUACUCUCUGGCUCCGGACUGAUGUUCAUCUGCCACCUCAUCAUCUCCGUUUUGGUGGGAAAAUUCGGUGAUAACUGGGAGAAAUAUAAAGAUGAAGGUUGGGUGGCCGUGGCCUUCCUUUUCUUCUACAUGUUCAGCUUUGGCGCCACCUGGGGUCCAGUCCCAUGGGCUAUGCCUUCUGAAAUCUUCCCAAGCUCGCUUCGCGCAAAAGGUGUCGCACUCUCCACCUGCUCCAACUGGUUCAACAAUUUCGUCAUCGGCCUCAUCACUCCCCCACUGGUGCAGAACACUGGUUACGGCGCUUACACAUUCUUUGCUGUUUUCUGUCUGCUCGGACUCGUGUUCACAUGGUUCUUUGUCCCCGAGACGACCGGAAAGACACUGGAGGAGAUGGACAAGGUGUUUGGCGAUGUCAGCAGCGAGGCCGAGGAGCAACGAAAAGCACGCAUCAUGAGGGAGAUUGUCGAGGGAAAGAGAAAAACCUCCAUUGUACCAUGA